CCUCCCAGCCUCACAGGCCGGCUGCCUGCUCACCCAGCCAGUCGGUCGGUCUGGGCACUGCAGCAGGCUCGGCUCUGUCCCAGCACUUGUCUGGGAGAAAAGAGGUGUCCUCACCCAGAGAGAGUCUCUCUUUCUACCUUCCUUCUUUCUUGAUCUCUCUGUGUGCUUUCGUGUUUCUUUCUUUCUUUUUUUUUUUUUUUAAUUAAUUGUAUUCCUAAUCCUGGAUGAAGUUGCUGGAUUCUGCAGCACAAGUCUUCAUGAACAAGCAGCACCGCUCAGAGAUUUCACGGCAUUCAAAGGUCACAGAACUGCCACUAUGGUUAAAUGUCUUGUUUAAUGGUUGAGAGGUGUGGUGAAAUCUUGUUUGAGAACCCUGAUCAGAAUGCCAAAUGUGUUUGCAUGCUAGGAGAUGUACGACUAAGGGGUCAGACGGGGGUUCCUGCUGAACGCCGCGGCUCCUACCCAUUCAUUGACUUCCGCCUACUUAACAAUACAACACACUCAGGGGAAAUUGGCACCAGGAGAAAGGUGAAAAGACUGUUAAGUUUCCAAAGAUAUUUCCAUGCAUCGAGGCUGCUCCGUGGCAUUAUACCACAAGCCCCUCUCCACCUGCUGGAUGAAGACUACCUUGGACAGGCCAGGCAUAUGCUCUCCAAAGUGGGAAUGUGGGACUUUGACAUUUUCUUGUUUGAUCGCUUGACAAAUGGAAACAGCCUGGUAACACUGCUGUGCCACCUCUUCAACACCCAUGGACUCAUUCACCAUUUCAAGCUGGAUAUGGUGACCUUGCACAGGUUUUUAGUCAUGGUUCAAGAAGAUUACCAUGGCCAAAACCCAUAUCACAAUGCUGUUCAUGCCGCUGACGUCACCCAGGCCAUGCAUUGCUACCUGAAGGAGCCAAAGCUGGCCAGCUUCCUCACACCCUUGGACAUCAUGCUUGGACUACUGGCCGCAGCAGCACACGAUGUUGACCAUCCAGGAGUGAACCAGCCAUUUUUGAUCAAAACGAACCACCACCUUGCCAACCUGUAUCAGAAUAUGUCUGUGCUGGAGAAUCACCACUGGCGAUCUACAAUUGGCAUGCUUCGAGAAUCAAGGCUUCUGGCUCACUUGCCAAAGGAAAUGACACAGGAUAUUGAACAGCAGCUCGGCUCCCUGAUUUUGGCAACAGACAUUAACAGACAGAAUGAAUUUUUGACCCGAUUGAAAGCUCACCUCCACAACAAAGACUUAAGACUGGAGGAUGCACAGGACAGACACUUUAUGCUUCAGAUCGCCUUGAAGUGUGCUGACAUUUGCAAUCCUUGUAGAAUCUGGGAGAUGAGCAAGCAAUGGAGUGAAAGGGUCUGUGAAGAAUUCUACAGACAAGGUGACCUUGAACAAAAAUUUGAACUGGAAAUCAGUCCUCUUUGUAAUCAACAGAAAGAUUCAAUCCCUAGUAUACAAAUUGGUUUCAUGACCUACAUCGUGGAGCCGCUCUUCCGGGAGUGGGCCCGCUUCACCGGAAACAGCGCCCUGUCUGAGAUCAUGCUAAGCCAUCUCGCCCACAACAAAGCCCAGUGGAAGAGCCUGCUGUCCAAGCAACACAGGCGCAAGGGCGCGGACCACGAUGGCCCGGGGACUGAGAGUGAGGAGCAGACUGUGGCCGAAGGCGACGCACCGUAGCGCCCUGCUCGGCGACACUGGAUCUCCCUCCUUGAGCAAAGCCUCCCGGAGGCGCCAGCCCUGAGAGGGCUCUUGCCGGCAGCCCAGCGCUCCUGGGUUUCAUCCCAGGCUCUUUUGAACGCCACCCUCCUCCCACUUACCUGAUUCCCCUCCUUUUUCCAAGUGUACAGAAGCCAUUUGUCAACUCAGCAUUUGCUGCCGAAAUGAGCAACUCCAUUCAGUCACGUGGGAGCUGAUUCCAGGCAGGCCGCCCCUCCCACACCCCCCAAGGAGAAGACGGAGUGCGAAAGAGGUGCUUCUGCUGUGUCUCCUCUGGCCCUGGGUCGCACUGUGACAGGCAGCAGAGUUUUGGGGUUCACCAUCUGACUGCUGAUCUGCAGGACAAAAACACCAGCAUAUUUGGAACUUCGAGGAUAUUGGUUUUAAGUGCAAGAGCACAAACGAGAGCGUGAAAGUACCUUCUAUUUUAAUAAUAAUUAUUAUUAUGAGAAUAAUAAUAAAUCUUUUUAACUUUUAUAUUUUAUGCACUAGACAAUGGAUCUAAAACUUUGGACUAAGAUUAUUCAGUGUACCCAGACUUGAACAGGGGGUUCAUUGUUUUGCUAUUGACUUCAUGCCACUUUGGGUCAGCGAUUUGGCAUCUUCUCGAUUUAAGAACCACGUUUCCUUCUGAUCUGGGGGAAGGUGCUGUACAGUUCAUUUCUUUGCACCAUUAGCCAAUCUGUCUUUUAUGGAUUCAGUGACCUGUUUAAAUUCACACGUGUACAUUUCUGUAAAUACCAAGCGCUACUGAUUCCCAUGCCAAAAUACAUGAGUAUUAUGGGAUUGCUACCUGUAUAAACAAUGGCACUGUGAACAGAAUACUGUUAGUUUUAAUACAAGAGAAUGCAUUUGUAAAUAUGGUAUAGAGUUUAUUAAUAUACUAUUGUUUGCAGAUAAAGGCCUUAACUUUAAACAUCUUUCGUCUUCUGAAAGCUGCCCAACUGAAAUCCUCACAGAUGUCUUUCUGAACUGCCUGCCCAAGUCCAUCAUUUCGCUUUCCAGCUAAGAUGACAAACCAAAACUGAAAAAACCAAGGGGGAAACAUUUUCAUGGCAACUUCAUGUGCAUUCCGCUUGAGACCGUAGUGUUUAAUCUAUGGCACCAAGCAUCGUUUCCUUAGAUUAAUGAGACCUUUCAGCAAGCCUGAAGUCACUUUUCAACACAGUGAUGUGGCACACUCUGUUGUAACAAGCCAACUGAUAAACUAGUGUUUAUGUGACUUGUUAUGGAACAUGGUGUGCAUCAGCCUCACAGGAGACAUAGCAGGUCUUGGAAACCUCCUAUGACCCUGUCAUCCAACCAUCAGGGAAUUCCGUGCUCCCAUCCCACGUACUUGUUUGUCGUGGCUACAGUACCAAAGUAUCUUUGGUUUAUGGUUGGCGUGUGUUUCCUUGGUGUUAAGAGUAACUGGAUUUUUCUUUUUCCUUAAUUUCAUGUAAACAAAUACCCCACUGUUUAGCUGAAGUUAACAUUAUUUAAGUAAAGAAACUAUUUCAGUUUUAUGACAGAUUUUACCUUCCUGGCAAGUCGUUUUGGUUAAUUAUGGUGGAGCUAGCAGAGACACUUUGGAAUUUUGUUGCCCUUUUUCUCUGCAGACACUUGGCUGCAAAAUCUAAUUUGUUACAGCAUUUUUCCCUAGUCUGCUAAACUCUGUGUUGACUCCUUUCUUUAGAAGUUCUAGCAUAGUUACUGCUCAAUGAAAAUUGUUGAUGCCCAUUUCUCUUUACCUUAAAUAGUGUGGUAGUGGGAGAAUAAUCAUUACUGCUGUAAUCAAGCUCUUUCUCAAGCUUGUAGAAUAACAGCCAAGUCUCAGUUCCUAAGUCCAAUGGGUUUGGGUUUGGUUUUUCUUUUUUCUCCUAACAUGCAAAUUAAAUGUUAGAAACUUGACUGGCUUAUAAUAAGUUCCUAUAGAGAGAUUGAGGCUUGUAGAGGUGAGGUUUGGGGGAAAUUUUGGAAAGUUGGUUUUAUUUUCAUUAAAGAAGGUGAGAUUGACAGAUGGUGCUAAUGAAAAUGUGGAGAUCUUAUGUAAUGGGUGGAUGAUAAAUUGAAAUUACUGAUACAGGUAAAGAGGGAAGUGGUGUAAGCUUAGAAAACACUAACUUUUGCUUUUUCCAGUGACUAUUAACUGACACGUUUCUUUAUCACUUAAAUAUUCUGAAACGCUCAGCUUGAUGUGGCCCCAAAAGAAGAUAAGUUGAAUGGAUUCCUGCUUCCAAAUCUUUCUUACUUGGUUAGAUGAUUCAGAGUGCUACAGAGUAGUCUGUUCUUAAUGUGUAUGAAAUCAAAUCAGGGAAAGCAAUCGCUGAGAAUCAGAAAGUAGAGAUAGGAAAGAAGACAUUGUUACAGUAAAUGGAACCUCUUCCUUGAGUUUAGGAAGUGGAUUUUGUUUAAAUUAUAAUUAUAUCAUGACUUAAAGAAGAUAAAAGGUGGUCUAAAUAGCCUCAAGUUUAUAGGGCAAAAGUGUUCCUGUUACAAUUUAGUCUUUUUUUUUUUUGUACCUGGGAUCAAACUCGGGACUUUGUGCUUUCCAGGCAGGCACAGCACCACUGAGCUACAUCCCUGGCCUCAAUUUAGUCUUAAAGAACAGCUCACUGAUAAAACUACCAAAACAUCCGAUGGCUAAUCCUAUGAGGUAUCAACUAGUACAAUAAAAAUCUGAAGUGAAAUGAGACAUAAGGCAAAACUGUCAUUCAACUCUGGAGAUUUCUUGAGUUCCUCUUUGUUGGCAAAAAAAGAAAAAGAAAGAAAGAAAAAGAACAUGACAACUCUUUUUUUCUUGCCUACUAGUGGCUCUCUUGUAGUAUUUCAACAGGAAUCCGAUUAUAGGUUGAGAUAUAACUAUUGGAUCAUCCAUGGAUUUUUAUCUUUAUAAUCUUAUUCUGCUGGUUCAUGGAUCAUCAACCAUUGACUUAGAAAGUUCAAUUCCUUCAUUGCUUGAGAAGAAAGGACACAAAGGGCUAUUUUUAGUAAGCUAAAGGUAAAGUUUAGAUCAAAUUAAGAAAGUAAGUAUACAUCACUGCCAGGCCUCAUAGAAAAAGCAGCAAUGAAAAGUCAGACCUGACUCAUGAAACCCUGGCCUACCCAAUAGCUCCCUGCUAGGCUAAAUGAAAAAUGGCUCUAUUUCGCCUGCUUAUGGCUUCCCACAAAGGGCCUUAGAGUGUGUCUGGCAACCCUGUCUUCAGGUAGUUGUUCCUACAAAACAUAGAUGUGUUUUGUAAUCUUUUCUCAUGUUGAAUCAGAUAAUGCUCACUGGUUUGAAUUUGGCUAUGAGCUUGUAUCCCACUGUAUUUCUCAUGCUUUGUUCCUUUAAGCAAAUCCUUAAAAUUGUGUACACAUGUAAGGCUUGGGGAAAAAUUUGUGAAUUUUGCUCAAAAUGUGGCCUAAAUAUCCAUUGGCAUGUCUAGAUGAACAAUUAAAAAUAAAGAUAAUUUCUUAAAAAUA